CAAUAGACACAUGGGGGCGUCUGGUUUCACAUGCUACAAAUAUCCUCCAGCAGUCGUAGCAGGUCACAGUUGUUAACCAGCAGGCAGAGGCUGCAGCUGAAGUUUUACUCUCUACACACAGAAGUUCAGGGACUACUACACUGCAGACAUGAGUCAAGUCUUUGACAUCGAGCGCUGUGAUGUGGACAUUAAGAGCAACAGCUGCAGCCAUCAUACAGAGCUGUAUGGAGAGGAGCGCUUGAUUGUCAGAAGGGGACAGCCCUUUAACAUCAUUUUACAUCUCAAGCCUGGCAGUGGGGAGUUCAAACUGGAGGCAGCAGGGUUCACAUUCACGGUCGAAACUGGUCCCCUACCCAGAAAAGAAUCAGACACUAAGGUUUCCUUUGGUCUACGCGAGUCCACAGUGGACACAGAGUGGAGUGCAUCUGCCACUCAUGAUCCUUCUGGAAACACCCUGUCUGUAUCUAUCAGCUCCUCACCCAACUCCCCCAUCGGGCUCUACUCCCUGACUCUGGACCAGGAGGGGCAGAAGACCAGUUUAGGAGAGUUCAUCCUUCUUUUUAACGCUUGGUGCCCCCGUGAUGCUGUUUACAUGAAGAGUAAGACGAAGAAGCAGGAGUACAUUCUAGCACAACAUGGGCAGGUCUACAGAGGAACAUAUAAACGAAUCAAAGGGACAUGCUGGAACUUUGGACAGUUUGAUCCAAGUAUCCUGGAUAUCUGUCUGUCCAUCCUGGAUGCCAACCCCAAGUUCGUGGCUGAUGCUGACAAGGACUGCUCUGCCAGGAGGAAUCCCAUAUACGUGACCAGGGUGAUUAGUGCCAUGAUCAACAGUAAUGAUGACAACGGCGUGCUGGUGGGAAACUGGGGAGAGGUUACAGACGGGGUUCACCCAGGACAGUGGAUGGGCAGCGGGGACAUUUUGCGCCAGUGGGCAGAAAGUGGGCCCGUCUGCUACGGCCAGUGUUGGGUCUUUGCUGCCGUUGCAUGCACAGUGUCCCGUGCUCUGGGCAUCCCAUGUCGAGUGGUUACUAACUUUGGAUCGGCCCACGAUACUGACGCCAACCUGAUCAUCGAAAACGUGUACGAUGAGGACGGUGAAAAAAUUUCUAAUGAUUCAGUUUGGAACUUCCAUGUUUGGGUGGACAGCUGGAUGACUCGUCCUGAUUUGGGGUCAGAGUUUGAUGGAUGGCAAACCAGUGACCCAACUCCACAGGAGAGAAGCGACGGUGUUUUCUGUUGCGGACCGGCCCCACUGAAGGCCAUCAAAGAAGGAGAGCUGACCAAAAAGUAUGACGCUCCCUUUAUUUUUGCCGAGGUUAAUGCAGAUGUUGUGGACUUGGUGCAGACGUCGAGUGGAAAAACUAUCAAGUUUGCUGGAUCAACUACUUCUGUUGGACGCUUCAUCAGCACCAAAGCUGUGGGCUCAGACGAGAGACGCGACAUUACACACCAGUACAAGUAUCCAGAGGGCUCAAAGGAGGAGAGGAAGGUGUUUGAGAAGGCGCAACACAACAACAAGCUGCAGCAGCAAGGAGAGGAGCCAGGGCUUCGUCUCAAGAUCAAACUGGCUGAUAACAUGAUCGUGGGUGAGAACUUUGACGUGUCUGCCGGCCUCACCAACAACUGCACGGUGGCCAAGACCUGCACCCUCAUGUUCAUGGCCAGAGCCGUCGGCUACAACGGAAGAAGGGGUCAGGGCAUUGAAUUUGUUUCAGACAUAGUGGAGGUGCCGCCUGGAGAAGAAAGGCGGUUGUCCCUGGGACUAGUCUAUAAGCAUUAUGGACCAGCGAUCACCUCUGAUAGGUUGAUCCAACUGUCAGCCAUCGCCACAGACAAGCAGACCAGAGAUUACUUCAAGGCUGAGAAGACCAUUGUGCUUGACGAGCCAGAAAUAAAGAUUGAGCUGGUGGAAGAAAUCAAAGUGAAGCAGUCUGUGACGGCAGAGCUCACCUUGCUGAACACUCUUCCAGAGCGGCUGAGGGACUGCAGCUUCACCAUCGAGGGGGUCGGCCUCACUGAAGGCAAACCCAUAACAGAGAAGAUUGGAGCUGUGGAUGCCAAACAGGAAGCCAAGGCCAGCAUAAGCUUCAUUCCUACUAGUGUUGGCUCCAGCGUGCUGCUGGUGAUCUUUGAUAGUGACAAACUGAAAAACAUCAGGAGCUUCAUCAAUGUUGUUGUGAAGGAUGAAUGAGCCAGUGCAGACGGUUUUUGUUUUCAGUUCAAAUUCAAUUUAAAAAACUCUAUUAGUCCCAGGGGGCUAAUAAAAGGCACUUGGAGCAAGUACACAAGUCAGCAUGUUAGUUACACAGACACAAAACAAGUCAGGUCGAUUAAAUUAAACUAAAUAAACUAAAUAAGACAUUUACAGUAUUCACAUGAGGUGCAAUGUAACAUUGAGGUAGGCUGUGUUGUGCAUUUAGAGAGAGCAGCUUGAAGAUAGGCAAUAGAAGAGAGGGAGGACAUGCAUUGACGAUCAACAGGUUACUUAUUGUUUGUCUCGGUAUUGUCCAGGGUGGGGAGGCGGGGGGUGCAGGGGUGGAUGGGAGUUUAGGAGCUGAGCAGCCUUGGGAACAAAGGUUGUAGCCUUGGCAGUGGAGCCGGCAUCCUGCGGGGAAACCACUCAAAUGCUGGAAACAGAGCGUGGAAGGGUCCUGAAGUUGGAGUUGUUUAACUGGACUACAGAUUACAGGGUUAAUACUUAAUUUUUUUUUAAUCUGCUUGAUAUACUGACCCUUAUAUUAUGAUAGAAUAUACUUUUUUCUUGAGUAAUUUCAUUACAGAUCACAAUAGUUGACAUCCAGUAACACUUAGAUUCCCUGUAAUAGACAACAGUACUGUACUAAUGAAUAAAGAGAUCAAAUAUCAAUUUAUUUUACUGGAAUGACUAAUAAUGAUUUAUAAGGGUGUAUCCAUACUUGGAUUGGUGCCAUUUAAAUGUGACAAUAAAGCUGUGAGCAAAGUAAUUGUUUGCAUGAGGGAGCAACACUCCCUCAACUCUUUUGUUAGAAACUUUUUUUUAAAACUUGUGGUGAAGAAAAGAAAUCCAAUUUGUUAAGCAAAUAAAAUUUUGGGGGAAAAAA